UUGCAGCAUAUGUUUCAUUUGUGCAUGGACUUAACAAGAUGAAAAGACUUACCAUUACAUAAUUAUAAAUAGAAGUUGGUUUUACGCUUAUUAUCUCACGUAAAGUAGCUAGUUAUUAGUCAUGGCUAAGCUUGCUACCAUCAUCAUCACGGUUAUAUUCGAUGCUCUUGUUCUCUUUGCUGCUUUUGAAGCACCAAUAAUGGUGGAAGCACAAAAGUUGUGCGAGAGGCUUAGUGGUACAACGUUGGGAGUCUGCGGAAACAGUAAUGCGUGCAAGAAUCGGUGCAUUCUACUGGAGGGAGCACGACAUGGUUCUUGCAACUUUAUCUUCCCAUAUCACAGAUGUGUCUGUUACUUCCCAUGUUAAUUUACCAAAAAACUUUCAAGGUCUUAUCGUGCAUGUAUUUUACAUAUAAUAAGUCUAUGUCACUCCAUGGGUGACUUUAUGACAUGUAUGCUUGUGUUUCAAUGUUUGGUUCUGUUAAAGUAUAAACGUUUCUUAAGUGUUAGAACCGUUUGUUAGCAUGUACAAACUAGAAUAAGGAUCUGAUUUUUAAA